CUUGUUCCUAGCAACCAGGAGGCGUCCGGGCGGAGCUGCCAAGGGAAGGCUCCUGCCAUGAAUCCGAGUCCGUCAGAGUCCAUAGGGGUCCUGGAUCAGACUGUGGAAGAACGCUUAUCCACCCAAAAUCUCGAGCCCUCUGUUAAUUCUGAUAACCCGCAGGAGCGGAUCCAGGCCCGGCGCCUCCGCAUCGCGGCGCGCCUGGAAGCCCGGAGACGGGAGGCGCUUGGAGAGUAUAUAGAUGGGAAGAAGGAGAGUGAGGAAGAUCAAAGCAAGAGUUACAAACAGAAAGAAGAAAGCAGAUUGAAAUUGUCUAAACUGCUGCUCAGUGGCACUGAAUUGGUGACAAAUAUCCAGGUGGCUGCAGAUAUCAGAGAGAUCCACAGGAGAGUUGAAGAAGAGGAGAUAAAGCGCCAGAGACUUGAGAAGCUGGAGAAUGAAGUUAAGAACAGCCAGGACAAAUUUGAUGAAAUCACCACCAAGUGGGAGGAGGGCAAGCGGAAGCGCAUUCCCAAGGACCUGUGGGAGAUACUCAACACUCAGCAGCUACACUGUGCAGAGCUGAUAGAGGACAAGAACAAGCUUAUCAAUGAAUUGCAGCAGGAAUUAAAAGUAAAGGAUGACCAGUAUGUGAAGGACUUGAAGAAACAGUCAGAUGACAUCAGUCUGCUUUUGGAGAGGAUGGAAGAACAGGUGAAGGACGUAAUGAAGUCCUUUCGUCAGGAGCUCUCUGUCAUUGAGAAAGCCUUUGAGUUGGAACGACAAGAGCUGCUGACCAGUAAUAGGAAGAAGUGGGAGCGGGCACUGCAGACCCACAACUCCAAAGAGCUAGAGUAUCUCAUCAACCGCAUUAAGAGAGUGGAGGACUACGAGAAGCAGCUGAACAAGCAGCGGAUCUGGGACUGUGAAGAGUACAACAUAAUCAAGAUCAAGCUGGAGCAGGAUGUGCAGAUUCUUGAGCAACAGCUUCAGCAGAUGAAAGCAACUUAUCAGCUAAACCAAGAGAAGUUGGAGUACAACUUCCAAGUGCUGAAAAAGAGAGAUGAGGAAAGUACAGUUAUUAAAUCCCAGCAAAAGAGGAAGAUCAAUCGCCUGCAGGAUGUACUCAACAACCUGAGAUCAAAAUAUGCCAAGCAGGUAAAGCAUUUCCAGGAGGAGAACCAUUCUCUGACUUCAGAAUACAAGCGUCUUGUGAUACAGUUCAAGGAGCUACAGAGAGCCAUGAGACAGUUUGCUAUUAUUGAUGCUGAGAAGUUUCGAGAGAUUUGGCUGAUGAAUGAAGAGGAGGCGAAGGGGCUAAUAGGCAGAGCCUUUGAUGUGGACAGGAUCAUCCAUAUGCAGCAUCUGGGUCUCCCCUGGACAGCACCUGAUUUCUGGUUCCUGAAGAAUGUGGGGCCUAUUUCCCAGCAGCCACAGAAGACCGCCAAACAAAUAGUAGAAGAGGUGCUGAAGCAAGCAGGUGAGGAUGGCUUAGAAGAGAAUGCCUCAGAAUCCUCUUACCUGGACCUGCCCAAGCAAGUUUCAGCAAAAACUACCAGAAAGAUCCUGAUGCUCCUAUGUGAUGAGUCGGGUUUCCUCAUAGAGAGCAAGCUGUUGAGCCUUCUCCUUCCCCUGGAGAAGAACGAAUGCUAUCUGCUGAAGUUGGACGCCAUCUUCUCAGCUCUUGGAAUCGAGAGCGAGGAUGACUUGUAUAAACUGGUGAAGUUCUUCCUUGAAUACCGAACCCAUCAUUUAUCUUCCAGCCAGAUCGGCUCCUGGACUCAAGCAAACUUGGAGCAAUCAAGCUUCAUGUCAGCUCUGGAGAGAAUGAGCUUGAUAUCAGCGACAGGGCUCGAGAAGAAUAUGAUGCGGGAGCCGGAGCAGGAGUCAGAGCAGGAGACGGAGGAGGCAGAGUCCUUGGAGGGGGAAGAGGAGGAGAGCUUUGUGGGCAGACAGCUGGAAGACAAGGAGGCCCCGCCUUCUCCCAAGCUUAUCCACCCCAAUGAGGUUCUCAAGGUUCUGGAGGCCUUUGUCCUGGGUCUGAAGAAACCCAGGAACAUCCGGGCAACAAUGAGAAUGGCAAAUUCUUCACGAGAUAACUCAAAGGACUCUGAUUAUUGGAAGGCCCUGACUACAGUUAUCCCUCCCUCCAAGCAGAACCUCUGGGAUGCUCUCUACACAGCCUUGGAGAAGUACCACCUCGUCCUGACCCAGAGAGCCAAGUUGCUGAUAGAAAACAAUUCUCUGGAGCAGCAGAACUCGGAGCUGCAGAUGCUGCUGCAGCAGUAUCUCCACUCCAAGAUAAACUCCGAACUGCAGAUUCCUCCGACUCAUGUGUUCCGGGUACCCACAAAAUAGAGGUGGACCUCAAAGGGCUGAUGUGCCCUAGCUGGCACUGGGGCUGGUGCCAGAGCUGGCACUUGUCAUCUAGUGAUCUGAGCCCACUCUAGAUUUUCCAGAGCUGUCUUAUAGGCUGUCAAAAUAAGUCAACAAGCGAGUCACCUGUUUCCUAUAGUUCUGAUUAAAGUUUUUUGAAAACUGUG